AAAAUUUACUGUUGGAAAUCCAACAGUCCGUAAAAUGUUGCCGCUAGUGGGUUGGUGGGGAAGCCUGACCAUUGGGCUAUUUAGCAUGGUGGAGGUGCUCUUAUAGCCAUCAUGUCCUCACUUAAACUGCACACAAAAUUAAGCUUCUUUUUCAUCUCCAAUGGCAAAACCAAGCUCAGUCAAAGUAGUUGAGGUUUGCAGUGUAGCUCCGAAACCAAGUUCAGGGCCAGACUCUGCCCACCUGGAGGAUCUGUCUCUUCCUCUCACCUUUUUUGACCUCCAUUGGCUAAGGUUUCCACCUUCUCAAAGCCUUUUCUUCUACGAAAUGUCUUCAUUCAACGCAUCACAUUUCUUCGAUUCCAUACUUCCAAAGCUCAAAACCUCGCUUUCCGCCACCCUCCAACAUUUUGUACCACUAGCAGGAAACCUCACCUGGCCUUUAGACUCCCCCGAACCCUUUCUCAGUUAUCUCAAAGGCAACACAAUUAUGCUAACAAUCGCUGAGUCUGAUGCUGAUUUCCACCAUCUAAUUUCAACCAACAACUUUGACAUUGAAGUCAAAGAGUACCAUUCUCUUGUACCCCAACUGGCAAUGUCUCAUGAAAAAGUUGCGGUGCUGGCAUUGCAAAUAACCGUCUUUUCCAAGGGCGGUUUUUCGAUUGGAUCAGCUAUGCACCAUGCUGCCUCUGAUGGCUUAUCUGCACUCUUGUUUUUCAAAAUUUGGGGUCACCUAUGCAAACAUGGAGGAGGAGAAGAAGGAGUACCACCACCUUUGCCAAGUUACGAUAGAAAGGUCAUCAAUGACCCAGCGGGGCUCCAUGAAAUCUACUCAAAUGACUGGUUAAGAUUGGGUGGUCCAAACAAUAGAAGCUUACUGCCUUUGGAGGUUAAACGUCCAGGAGACUCAAUUCAAGCCACCUUCGAGUUCACGCAUGCAAAAAUCGAAACCUUAAGGCGGUUAGCGAUGAGGACUAUGAUGACAAAGAAUAAGGAGCAAGGUGAUCAUUCAAAACUAUUUCAUUUAUCAACAUUUUCGCUAACAUGCGCCUAUACAUGGGUUUGCUUAGUCAAGGCUGAGGAGACCAAAACAGAGAGAGUAUUUUUCAUCAUUCCUGUGGACUGCCGGUCACGCUUAGACCCUCCUUUACCGCCAACUUAUUUCGGGAACUGCAUCGCAGGACAUCUAGCAGUUGCGGAAACAAAAGACCUAUUGGGAGAAGAUGGGAUGCUUGUGGCCUUGAAAGCAAUUCGCGACGUGAUAAAAAGUUUGGACAAGACCCUUUUGGAGGGGGCAGAGACUUGGGUAUCAAGAAUGUUCAAUACACUGCAGCCUAAUGCCGACAGAAUAAUUCCCGCUGAUGGUUCACCCCGGUUUGAGUUUUAUGAUGCAGCUGAUUUCGGAUGGGAAAGACCAACAAAGCACGAGUUAGUUUCGAUAGAUAAGACAGGGACAAUGUCUUUUCAAGAAAGCAAGAAUGGUGAUGGUGGAGUUGAGGCCGGGUUGGUUUUGAAAAAACAUUACAUGGAGGCUUUCGCUUCUCUAUUUGCUAAAGGCCUUGAAGAAAAUUUAACCCACAUGCAGUAGCAUACUACUAAAGUUUGUUUC